AUUGAAUAUAUUUAUUGAAAUUGAUCAAAUUGACUCAAAGAUAGUUUAUAAUAAAACAGUACUAUUAUUAAGAAGCACAGCUUAAUUAAUAAUUAAAAUAUCUUAGCUUUAACCGUUUAGAUUAAUUCUCGCCAAAAGGCUUUUACUUCGAAAACUGGCAUCACUGCCACCAGUUCAAUUAGUAAAUAAAUAGAACUUACCGACUUGGGAUAAAUUUUUCCAUGUUAGGCGUACAACAACCAGCUGCCUUUGCUAAUCCGGCCACUUGGUGCCUGUGACAGUCCCACAAAAUGAGCAUAGUCAGCUAAUAAUGGCCCGCAUCACCAGUAUUCUGGACUUGGACCCCAGUUCUCUGUUGUACAUUUUCAAGCUUCUGAGUUUGGAGGACCAGUUGCACUUGGCGCGUUGCUGUCGCCUAUUUAGGGACGCCUUUCUUCACCUGCAUCGCCAUGAUUUCCAGGAUGUUGUUGACAAGGAUAUGAGCAUUAGGACUCUGGAGGAUUGGCGCACCUUUCUAUGGCUCUGUGGCAGCCGCAUCGGUACACUGGAAUCCCACUUUGACGAUGAUCACCCGCUGCAGCUGCUCCCGAUGAUCAGCAGACACUGCUACCGACUGAAGUCCAUCUCCAUAUACAAUGCAACAGUGGCGCGGGCGCAACCGUAUCUAUUGCGGAUGAGCUCCUUGGAAAAGGUGUACGUGCGCAACUACAAGAGCACCAGCAAGGAUCUAAUAAAAGCCAUUGGGAUACACCUUCCCCGGGUCAACAGUCUGAGCCUGGAGAGCUUUGAACGCAAGGAGUUACAAGAAGUACGUCAGUUUAGCGAGAUGCUGGAACUUGGCUUGUACGACGAGGUGACCGCCUCGGAGUUCGCAACAAUUGUGAAACCCAUGCGGAAGCUGCGAUGCCUUCAGCUGCGCAACGGCAAACGCUUUCUGACUACCAGCAAUCUCAGGAUGCUGGCCACCAACUGCCGCCACCUGGAGAAGCUGACGUUCAAUGACUGCGACGCCGAUCUGUUGGUCCUGCCGCAGUUUGCAAACCUCAAGUACCUGCAAUUAUACUGCGCGGAGGACAUGAAGACGCGCCUGUUCAAGGCACUGGCCAAAAGCCAGUGCUCCAUUCAGUUGGAAUACCUCAUUCUGCACCGCAAACGCUGGAUUGACGAGGAGCAGGCGCAGUACAUCAGUGCUUUGAAGUCUCUCCGAUGGCUGGUCUGCAAGCCUCGUGACGAUCUGUGCGUUCGCCACUUGGCGGAGUUGAGUCGAUUAGAGUGCCUUUCCAUACAGUCCGCUCGUGAGAUUGGAGAAACGCAGCUCUCCCUUUUGGUGGCCAACAAUGAGCGGCUUCGGUAUCUGAACAUCUGCUAUUGCCUGGGUAUCACAGACGCCUUCGUCUUGGACACUCUGGCCAGCUUAUCAAUACGCUCAGCUCAUCAAGCCCUAGAGCUAUUUGCUGCGGCCACUGACAUCAGGCAUGACAUCAUGGAGCGGCUACCGCCCGAGUUUCCCCUGAAAAUGCUCCGCUUGAACUUCGAGUGCAGCGAUGGAAUGACCAGCGGAGAACACUUCUAUGCCGAUGAGCCGGAAUUCGAUCGUCAAGCCGUGUGAGGCCUUAUUCGUUCCACAACGAAUGUUUCUUCAAUCAUUACCAAAAAUACAACGUAAAUUAUUUAAUCUUUAUACGCAGCUUUAUUCGUGAUCUUACCACUUUAAGUGGUAUUUCUUUUGUUAUUGCACAACGAUGUAUUCAACCUUUUCACUGCAUAAUUAAAAUAUUACGUCCUAUUUAAA